AUGCAGCAAAGAGGCGUUAAGGUCAUCUGUGGAGACUGCGUCACUCGUGAUUGGAUCAAGUGGUCACUCGAUCCCGCGGUCAUCUGCAACGUCGACAUUCCAACGGUUGCCAGAGCAUCCAAGCCGUCCAUUCACGAUGCUGCGCCACCCCUCUGCUACCACUGCGAAAGGAGACAUGACCCUUCGAGGCCGUUGAAUAUAUGGGACCAGCGCGAGUUGCUACAAAAAGAUAAUGACGGGCUUCGCAGUCUAAGGAGCCUUUGUCUUACCAACAAGCUUUUGUGCAGUGUUGCUCAGCCCAUACUCUACCAUCAUUUGUCACCCUUCUAUUGGAACUGGCGCGUACGAACCAAGCCUAUGUUAGUGCCGGUAAUGCAGACUCUGCUCGAAAUCCCGAGUCUGGCCGACCGUCUUAUGGACGUCGACAUCCGAUACAUUGUAUCCUCAGAAAUAGAGACUUACAACGCAAGACGCCUGAUCCAUGCUUUGGCGCAACGAUUCCCGGUCGGGGACGGACUUCCUGGAGAUAAUGAUUUCGAGAUUGACAUUGAAAAUCUUCUCAUGAACUACCUCCUGUGUCUUGCACCAAACCUCGAGAUUUUAUGUCUUGGUAUAAUACCGUUGUGGAGCUUCUCGACUUUUUCCGGUGCUGUUCGAGACGGGCAUACCUCAGGCUUGCAUUCACUGAGGACGCUGAGCCUCACUGGUCCUAAGACCCCCGAGACAAGUGGUUCGUUCCGCGGAGUUGGACAGAUUCUCGCGAAUGCGCCGAACCUCCAAACUCUCCGGUUGGAUUUGGACUACUUACCGCCCAGUAUGUUCAUUCAGAACCUACAAAAGCUGGAGCUCACCGUGGACGUUGGCCGCUCUGAGUUGAAAGAAGCCUUGCGUCAGUGCCUACGUCUUCAGGAGUUCUACUUCUCAGGGAACACCUACAGUGCUCACGAAUCUGCCGUCGGCUCCGAGAUCAUCCAAGCUUUGGAACCGGCCCAGGACACCUUACGAUGCUUAAAGAUUGGUUACAUGAAUCAAACGCCAUGCAUCAAGAGCGUGUAUUCUAGCAUCGCCAGCUUGAGGCAAUUCCGCAGUCUCCAACAUGUUGAUCUUAGCAAAGGUCUUGGCAUGUUCGAACAGAGGAGUUUAUACGUUCUCCCAGCUCGAAGCGAGAGCUUCGUCGACAUCCUUCCAGACUCGAUCGAAGUAUUCUGUCCGCCUUGUUGGCCCGAGGCGCUGCUUGGCUUAGCGGACGCCGUCGCCAGAGGGAGGUUCCCGAAUUUGCGGCUACUUGAGCUGGAGCACGGCCUGAGCAACUUCAACGCCAUGAUUAAAUCCAGAUCGUGGGCUAAAAGCAGUAUAGAAUUGAGAAGAGUCUUAGAUACUGUCGGAGUAGAUGUUACCUUUGCGAGGGAUCGAGUGACUGUAUCUCAAGACUAG